AUGCUUAUUUGUAUUCUCUACAUAAUAUUAACUUAAUUCAAAAUGCCCACUAAGCAACUCGAAUGGAAAACUUAUAUAAAUCGACAUCCAAUGAAAACUGUUACCAUAUCUGGACAAUCUUCUCGAGUAUUUCGAUGCCAGGCUAUAUCUCGGUGAAAUCAUAAUCAUGAGUUUCAAAAUCAUUCUCGCGCUUGCCCUAAUCUCAACCAUGGGCUGCAAAAGAUCCGACGCGUGGGUGUCAAGUCUAGCCCGACUCUCAGGUAAUGUAAUGAAACAAGUACCAAAAGCGAUGCGUUACGUGGAGCCAGUUGUUAAUGCUGUAAGUACAACACAGGAGCAUCAGCAUAGUGGGGAGCAUCACGUUGCCGAGCCUCAGCAUGAUGGGGAGCAUCACGUUGUCGAGCCUCAGCAUGGUGGGGAGCAACAACAUCAUCAUAACCUCCAUAUCCCGUAUCCCAGCAGUGGAAGACGAAGCAAUUCGUACUCUACCAGUAGAAGACGGAGCAGUUCGUACUCUACCAGUAGAAGACGGAGAAGUUCGUACUCUACCAGUAGAAGACGACGCAUUUACUCUAGCUCAAGUCGCCGAAGGCGCAGAAGCGGAGACAACACAGUUAAUGAGCAGGAACUAGAAGAUAUCAAUGAGCUCAUGAAUGAUAUUGUCGAAGGGUAUGAUGAUGAAAUCGCUCAACAAGUCAUUGCCGAAGAUAUGAAGAAAGAAGACUACGGUGACGUGGACGACGAUGACGCACAUGACGUUGACUUACUUGAUAAGGAAGAAGACGAAUCUGCUAAUUUUGAUUAAACAAGAAAAGAAUUCAAAAAGGACCGGACUCAGGAGCAUUUAGUUAAAGAUUCAUUUUACAAUUUUUUAAUAUUUUUUUGAAAGCAUUGAAUAAAAGACGUUUCCAACGAA